GUGUGUAGAAGUUUAAGAAAUGCUGUCCACCGUUAUCUCAGCUAUGUAUUUGGUGCUGUGGGUCAGUUCUUGUGCCUUUACUUCAGCUGCGGACCAGUACAUGACCAGAGCUCUGAGGCUGAUGUCUGAGACGCCCCUCAUCGAUGGUCACAAUGACCUGCCGUGGCAGCUUCGAAAGCAAUUCAAUAAUGAGCUCAACAAAGUGGAUCUCAACACACUGGAAACAACACACACCAACAUCCCCAAGAUCAAGAUGGGACGGCUGGGAGCGCAGUUCUGGUCAGCCUAUGUUCCCUGUGACACUCAGUACAAAGAUGCAGUCAGACAAACACUGGAGCAGAUAGACGUGGUUCACAGGAUCUGCCAGAAAUACCCAGAAACCUUCAUGUUUGCCACCAGUAGCCAAGAUAUCAUGGAUGCUUUCCACAUGAACAAGACAGCCAGUCUGAUUGGGGUGGAGGGGGGUCACUCCAUAGACAGCAGUCUGGGCACCCUGCGCACCAUGUACCACCUGGGGGUUCGCUACCUCACUCUCACACACUCCUGCAACACACCAUGGGCAGAUAACUGGCUUGUUGACACUGGAUCAGAGCCAUCUCAACACAAUGGCCUGUCUCACUUUGGCAAGCAACUAAUUUUUGAAAUGAACCGUCUGGGGAUGCUGAUCGACCUGGCUCAUGUUCCUGUUGCAGUCAUGAACCAGGUCCUGGACAUGUCCAGAGCCCCUGUCAUCUUCAGCCAUUCCUCUGCCUACGGCGUCUGUCAACAUAAAAGGAACGUCCCAGAUGAUGUUCUCAAGAGAGUGAAACAAACUGAAGGAAUCGUCAUGGUGAACUUCUACAAUGACUAUGUGACCUGCAGCAAGACCGCUAAGCUCUCAGAUGUUGCUGAUCACUUUGACCAUAUAAAGAAAGUGGCUGGGGCAAGCAUCAUUGGUUUCGGUGGAGAUUAUGAUGGAGUUACCAGACUACCAGAGGGUUUGGAGGAUGUGUCCAAGGUGCCCAACCUGGUGGCUGAACUGCUGAGGAGAGGAUGGACUGAUGAGGAGGUCAAUGCUGCUCUGGGGAACAACCUGCUCCGGGUCUUGAGAAAGGUUGAGGAGGUCCGUGACAAGAUGAACGGUACAAAUCCAGAUGAUGUUCCUAUUCCAUACGAGGAGGUGAUGAACCCAUGCAGGACAAGCCACGGGUAUCCCAACGCUGGAGCCGACCAUUCACUGAGCGUGCUGCCCUUGCUGCUCACAAUGGCUCUCAUCACAUUAACAGCUAUAUAAGCUGCUUAUCAGUGCAGUUGAUUGUAUCUAAGUCAAGAGUUUGUCAAUAAAUAGUACUAAAAUCUGAAAA